CUCAAGUUCAAUGGCGUCGAGUAAUUAACAUAGACACUUAACUUUAAAUUGUUCCAGUCACCAUGGCAGAUCAAACAGCGCAAUCGCCAAAUCCGGCAGAAACACCAUCGUCACCCGCUGCAGUCUCACCGCCGCAACAGACAGAUCUUAUUGUCGCCAACGACGAGCACGACAAUGAAGUUGAAGACGAUGCCGACUCCACUCUUGGGACAGAUGCAGAAAGCUCGACUGCUUCAGUCUCGGCCAGUAUCCUCGAAUAUCGUCGCAGUCAAGGCCGCACUUAUCACAGCGAUAAAUUUACCACCAACUACUUCUUGCCCAAUGACGAUCAACAGCUUGAGUCUGUGGACUUAACUCACCACUAUUUGACAAUCUUAUUAGAUGACAAGCUGUUUCUGCCUCCUUUAGAAGCAGAAAAUAUUAAAAAAGUGCUUGACGUAGGCACUGGAACUGGUAUCUGGGCCAUUGAAUUCGCUGACCGUCAUCCGAAUGUCGACAUUGUUGGCACCGACCUCUCCCCAUGUCAGCCAGAAUGGGUUCCGCCAAACGUUCGCUUCGAAAUAGAUGAUGCAGCCCUUGAGUGGACAUGGGGACCUAAUGAGUUCGACUUUAUUCAUAUCCGUUACAUCUUCGGUGCUAUCAAAGACUGGUCUGCCCUGUUCUCCGAGGCCUAUCGCUGCUGUGUCCCUGGAGGGUGGGUUCAAUCCGCUGAAGCUGAUGUCGAGUUUCGUUGUGAUGACGGCACCAUCGACAAAGAGCCAAACCUCAAGAUAUACAAGAAGCUGUUUGAAGAAGGAGGAAAGAUUCUCGGAAACCCCUUCUUCGUUUAUGAUAAACAGGUUCAAGGCUUCAAAGACGCCGGCUUUGAGGACAUCACGACUGUUGACUACAAGAUUCCUGUCGGCGAUUGGCCAAAGGAUUCCAAGCUCGCCGAGGUUGGGAGAUUUGUUCGCGCUUGUCUAGAAAAUGAUAUUGAAGGAUAUACUACUAUGAUGUGGAAUGACGUCCUGAAGUGGCCCAAGGAUGAGUACCAGCUGUUCCUGAUGAGCAUUCGCAAAGCUAUCAGAAAUCCCAGGAUCCACACAUACAUGAGGGUUCGAUAUGUUUAUGGACGCAAGCCAUCAUCAGAGUGAGACGAAAGCUGAAUCACGAUUUCUUUGUCAAGAUAAAGCACUGAAGAGACGGCUCUUGAUAUUGACUAAAUGUACAUACGAAAAGGGCUAAAAGAAUAGACCCUUCUUCUUCCUCCAAUCCCAUGUAGUUGCCUGUCGUAAGUCAUCAACACUGAGUACAUCCACGCCCUCGCGUGUUAGAAUAUGCC